GACCCCAAGAGUAUCAUAAACCGCAUUUGUGCUCUGAUGUCACGGAACUGGCUCCAGGGUGUGGUGUUUGGGGACGAUACCGAUCAGGAGGCCAUCGCCCAGAUAUUGGACUUCAUCUCGGCUCAGACGCACAUCCCCAUCCUGGGCAUCCGUGGAGGCUCUUCCAUGAUCAUGGCAGCCAAGGAUGACCAUUCCAUGUUCUUCCAGUUUGGUCCCUCUAUAGAGCAGCAAGCCUCUGUCAUGCUUAACAUAAUGGAGGAAUAUGACUGGUACAUAUUCUCCAUCGUCACCACCUACUACCCUGGAUACCAGGACUUUGUCAAUCGGAUCCGGAGUACCGUCGAGAACAGUUUUGUUGGCUGGGAGCUGGAAGAGGUGCUGCUGUUGGACAUGUCAGUAGACGAUGGUGACUCAAAGAUCCAGAACCAGAUGAAGAAGCUCCAAAGUCCUGUUAUACUACUGUACUGCACAAAAGAAGAAGCCAUGACCAUUUUCGAGGUGGCCCAUUCUGUCGGCCUCACUGGUUAUGGUUACACCUGGAUCGUACCAUCUCUGGUGACAGGGGAUGCAGAUAAUGUACCCAGCGUCUUUCCAACAGGUUUGAUCUCUGUUUCCUACGAUGAGUGGGACUACGGGCUGGAGGCUCGAGUGCGUGAUGCUGUAGCCAUAAUCGCCAUGGCAACCUCCACAAUGAUGCUGGAUCGGGGUCCUCACACGCUGCUUAAGUCUGGAUGCCACGGCACACCUGACAAGAAAGGCAGCAAGUCAGGAAACCCCAACGAGGUGCUGAGGUAUCUCAUGAAUGUGACAUUUGAAGGGCGCAACCUCUCCUUCAGUGAGGAUGGUUUUCAGAUGCACCCAAAGUUGGUUAUUAUACUGUUAAAUAAGGAGAGGCAGUAUGAAAGGGUCGGUAAAUGGGAGAAUGGGUCUCUGACAAUGAAGUACCACGUGUGGCCACGGUUUGAGAUCUACUCAGAUGCUGAGGAGCGGGAGGACGACCACCUGUCCAUUGUUACGCUGGAGGAGGCUCCAUUUGUUAUUGUGGAGGAUGUUGACCCCCUCAGUGGCACCUGUAUGAGAAAUACAGUGCCGUGCAGAAAACAGCUCAAACUCCUAAAUCAGACAAGAGAUUCAGGGAUCUACAUUAAACGCUGUUGCAAGGGCUUCUGUAUAGACAUCCUCAAAAAGAUUGCCAAGUCUGUAAAAUUCACCUACGAUCUCUACCUGGUGACCAAUGGGAAGCACGGCAAAAAGAUCAACGGCACAUGGAAUGGCAUGGUUGGAGAGGUGGUGUUGAAGAAUGCCCACAUGGCAGUGGGGUCCCUGACCAUUAAUGAAGAGAGGUCAGAGGUCAUUGACUUCUCUGUGCCCUUUAUAGAGACUGGAAUUAGUGUCAUGGUCUCUCGUAGCAAUGGCACAGUGUCACCUUCUGCCUUUUUAGAGCCCUUCAGCGCUGAUGUCUGGGUAAUGAUGUUCGUUAUGCUGUUGAUAGUUUCAGCUGUGGCUGUCUUCAUUUUUGAGUACUUCAGUCCUGUUGGAUAUAAUCGCUGCUUGGCAGAUGGACGAGAGCCUGGCGGUCCUUCCUUCACCAUUGGAAAAGCUAUUUGGCUACUUUGGGGUUUGGUCUUCAAUAACUCUGUGCCCGUGCAGAACCCCAAAGGCACUACUAGCAAGAUUAUGGUCUCGGUCUGGGCCUUCUUCGCUGUGAUUUUCCUGGCCAGCUACACUGCCAACCUGGCCGCAUUUAUGAUUCAAGAGGAAUAUGUGGACCAGGUGACUGGCCUGAGUGAUAAAAAGUUUCAACAUCCAAAUGACUUCUCCCCUCCAUUCCGCUUUGGUACUGUGCCCAAUGGCAGCACAGAGAGAAACAUAAGGAACAACUACAAAGAGAUGCACUCCUAUAUGACCAGCUUCCACCAGAAGAACGUAAACGAGGCCCUCCACAGCCUGAAGUCGGGUAAAUUGGAUGCAUUCAUCUACGAUGCAGCGGUCUUGAACUACAUGGCCGGACGUGAUGAAGGCUGUAAACUGGUGACCAUCGGCAGUGGUUAUAUCUUUGCUACUACAGGGUAUGGCAUUGCCAUUCAGAAAGACUCAGGCUGGAAGAGGGCAGUGGACCUCGCCAUUCUGCAGCUCUUUGGAGAUGGUGAGAUGGAGGAAUUCGAGGCCCUGUGGCUGACUGGCAUCUGCCACAAUGAGAAAAAUGAGGUGAUGAGCAGUCAGCUGGAUGUAGACAACAUGGCAGGUGUGUUCUACAUGCUGGGAGCUGCAAUGGCCCUGUCCCUAAUCACAUUCAUCGCAGAGCACCUCUUCUACUGGCAACUGCGAUUCUGCUUCAUGGGUGUGUGCUCAGGCAAGCCCGGCUUCACCUUCUCCAUCAGCAGGGGCAUCUACAGUUGCAUCCAUGGUGUUCAGAUUGAAGAGAACAAAUCAGCCCUUAACUCACCAUCGGCCACUAUGAACAUGAGCAUGAACAACACCCACUCCAACAUUCUCCGUUUGUUGCGUACUGCCAAAAACAUGACCUCUGUGCCUGGGGUCAAUGGUUCACCUCGCAGUGCAUUGGACUACAGCCAUCGUGAGUCAGCCGUUUAUGACAUCAGUGAACACCGGCGCAGCCUAGUAGGCCACACAGACUGCAAGCCUCCACCGUACCUGCCAGAGGAUAACAUGUUCAGCGACUAUGUAAGCGAAGUGGAGAGGACUUUUGGGAAUUUGCACCUGAAGGACAGCAACCUGUACCAGGAUCAUUACCUACACCACCAUGGGGGCACGGGAUCCGAACUGGCUCUCGGUAUGUCGGGUCCCCUGCCUAACCGACCUCAUAGCUUAGGGAGUGCCAGUUCAUUGGAGGGUGGGUAUGAUUGUGACAGCUUAGGGGGAGGGGUAGCGCCCAUCUUCACCACCCAGCCACGGCAGUCGCUGACACAUCGGAACAGUGAAAAGUUUGACCUGAUCGCGGGUCACCCAACCCAGUCAAGCUUCAAGUCUGGCCUGCCUGAUCUAUAUGGAAAGUUCUCCUUCAAGGGUGGGGCAUCCAGUUCAGGGUUUAUUGCAGGACAUGACAGGUACUGCGGGGGAGGUGGGGUGGGAUCAGGAGGGGAUGAUGGAAACAUUCGAUCCGACGUGUCCGAUAUUUCCACUCACACCGUGACCUAUGGGAACCUCGAAGGACAUGGCAAACGGCGCAAACAGUACAGGGACAGCUUAAAAAAGAGACCCGCUUCUGCCAAGUCUCGCCGUGAGCAGGAUGAGAUUGAGCUUGGCUUCAGGAGACGACCCCACCAUACAAUCCAUCAUCAUCAUCACCACCAUCAUUCAGCAACACAAGCCCACCGCUCAGCCACCCCACCCGUGGAGCGCAAGAGCCAGAGAGGUGGUAACUGCACCUCUUAUCUAUUCAGAGACAAAGAGAAUUUGAGGGACUUCUAUGUGGACCAGUUUCGAACCAAGGAAGAGGCAUCCCCAUGGGAGCAUUUGGAUUUAAGUGAUGCUCCAGGAAUGGGUGGAGGAGUGGGACUGGGCGGAGGCAGUUGCAGUGGAGUAGUUAGUAGCGGUGGUGCUGGGGGAGCGUGCACUAGUUUGGUUCCCAUGGAAGAUUUCCUGAAAGGUAAAUCCAAGAAGACAGAAUGUAAGGGUGGAAUGGGAGGAGGAUCACCUGGGCAACAGGGCCAUGCAUGCUGGGAAAAGGGCAUCGGAGGGGUGGGAGGGUUGGCCGGAGGGGAUUGGGAAUGUCGCAAUUGCCACAGUGGAGGGGUUGGAAGUGGAGGAAGCAAGCCAGUUUGCAUGCAUGGGGGAGGCGGGGUUGGGGGAGUAGGGGGAACCAGUGGAGGGAGUGGACAAAUCUCAAGCCGCCCUAGUUCAGCCACCUGCAAGCGGUGUGAUUCGUGCAAGAAACCGGGCAACUUGUAUGACAUCAGUGAGGACAACCACCUCCUUCUCUUGGAUCAAACUGGGGGCAAGCACCCUCUGGAGAGUGGAAAGGGAGGGGGAGGGGGAGGCACAGGGGCCCAAACCCAGGUACAGAGGCGGAAAUUUGGCCCAGGUGGUAAGGUUUUGCGCAGGCAGCAUUCUUAUGACACAUUUGUAGAGCUGCAGAAGGAAGGGGCGGGCAGGAUGGGUGGGUUUGGAGGCAGUGGCGGAGCAUCAAUGCUUCCUCCACCCCGAAGUGUGAGCCUAAAAGACAGAGACCGCUACAUGGAUGGCGCGAGCCCCUACGCACAGAUGUUUGAGCAGUAUGCAGGAGGGGAGCGGGAAACAUCAUAUUUUGGGGACAGAGGGAAGGGUGGGGGUUCAUCAUUUAGCUUAUUCCAUGGGGGUGAAGGUGGGUUGCACCGUCGCUCCGUGGGUGAGAGAGACACGAGGGACAGGGAUAGAGGCAUGAUGGGAGGAGGUGUGGGCGGUACCCGAGGGGUCGGGACUUACUCCUUGUCUAAAUCUCUCUACCCAGAUAAGGUGAACCAGAACCCAUUCAUCCCAACCUUCGGCGACGACCAGUGUCUAUUACAUGGCGCCAAAUCAUACUACAUCAAAAAGCAGCAGGCACAGCCGCAGCAGCAACAGAUGCCACAACAGCAGCAGCAGCAACAGCUCCUCAACAACAGUCGGGCUGACUUCCGGGGCUCCAUGGGGGUGACUUCCUAUUUGCCUGCCUCCGCAACUUCUGGGGUAUUGUCCAAUGUGGCCCCUCGGUUCCCCAAGGAGCUAUGUCUGGGCGGGCCUCUUGGCAACCACCACGGUGGAGGACCUAGCAACAACAAGCUGCUGUCAGCAAGGGAUGGGUUAGGAAUGGGUCAAGGACAGAGACCGUUUAAUGGCUCGAGCAACGGACAUGUUUACGAGAAGCUUUCCAGUAUAGAGUCUGAUGUCUGAAGAGGGGAGUCAGAAACAGAUAGAAAUGCAGAAAAGAAGCCAACGGACAUGCAGCAUGAUGAUUGAGAGAAAACUGAUGAAAAGGCAGUGUGUAAUUAGUUCCUUCAUGCUCACAAAAAGAAGAGGAAACCGUAUGUGAGGAACUGACUCAUGCUUUCAUUAAGUUAUGCGGAUCAUGCGCUGCCAAGCAUACGUAUGUAAAUAGAGCGAGGGGACCUGCCCACUGUCGAAAAGUUGAGAUUAGGGGGAAAAACCUGUUUAUUCCUCUCUUUUAUUCUCAUGUUUUUGUAUAUCCCACUAUUUUCCUGCUCCGAACAUUAAAAUUGCGGCCAAUCCAGAUGGAGACA